GGCUCCAGAACGCCGCGACGCCGGGGCAGGAGGGGCCCGCCACGUCCGCCAUCUUGAAACAACCGCCACUCGGGGCGUCGCGCCGGGGCCGCCACGCCCUGGCCUGCAAGCGCGGUCCCCAUUGGCCGCACCACUCAGAGGCCCGCCCCCGCCUGCGCGGCCGGCCCCUGCGGGGCGAGAGGGUUGAGGCAAAAGGGACGCUGCGUCCUGGAGGUGCGGUGCGGAGCACCGGACGGGGCCGCGUGAACUGGCGCCCCGCGGAGCUGCUGCUGUCAGACCAGCCCCGGGUGCCCAUCACCACAGCGCCGCGCUCUCAGGCGCCGGGAACUACAGUUCCCGGCAUGCCGUGAACUUGGCCGAGGCGCUGAGGCGGGGUCCGACCCUCCGCCAGCUCCCGCCGCGCGCGGAUCGGGGACGCGAGCCAUGGAGGAGAAGGCGUCGCCCCCGCCGCAGGGCUGCAGCAAGCCGCACUUGGAGAAGCUGACCCUGGGCAUCACGCGCAUCCUAGAAUCUUCCCCAGGUGUGACAGAGGUGACCAUCAUAGAAAAGCCUCCUGCAGAACGUCAUAUGAUUUCUUCAUGGGAACAAAAGAAUAACUGUGUGAUGCCUGAAGAUGUGAAGAACUUUUACCUGAUGACCAAUGGCUUCCACAUGACAUGGAGUGUGAAGCUGGAUGAGCACAUCAUUCCACUGGGCAGCAUGGCAAUUAACAGCAUCUCAAAACUGACUCAGCUCACCCAGUCUUCCAUGUAUUCACUUCCUAAUGCACCCACUCUGGCAGACCUGGAGGACGAUACACAUGAAGCCAGUGAUGAUCAGCCAGAGAAGCCUCACUUUGACUCUCGCAGUGUGAUAUUUGAGCUGGAUUCAUGCAAUGGGAAUGGGAAAGUUUGCCUUGUCUACAAAAGUGGGAAACCAGCGUUAGCAGAAGAUACUGAGAUCUGGUUCUUGGACAGAGCGUUAUACUGGCAUUUUCUCACAGACACCUUUACUGCCUAUUACCGCCUGCUCAUCACCCACCUGGGCCUGCCCCAGUGGCAAUAUGCCUUCACCAGCUAUGGCAUUAGCCCACAGGCCAAGCAAUGGUUCAGCAUGUAUAAACCCAUCACCUACAACACAAACCUCCUCACAGAAGAGACCGACUCCUUUGUGAAUAAACUGGAUCCCAGCAAAGUGUUUAAGAGCAAGAACAAGAUCAUAAUCCCAAAAAAGAAAGGACCUGUGCAGCCUGUAGGUACCCAGAAAGGGUCCUCAGGAUCCUCCGGUCCCUCUACUUCCUCCAAUUCUAAAUCCUCCUCUGGCUCUGGAAACCCUGUCCGGAAGUGAGCACCCCUCCCUCCAACUCCCCAGCAGCUCCAGAGUGGUGGUUUCCAUGCACAGAUGGCCCUUGGGGGGUGACCUCCAGUUCUGUAUGUGGAACCAGAGGCCUCUUUCCAGCUGAAUGACCAAAAUUUUAAGUUUUUUGGUCCCACUGACAUUAGCCAGGAGUUGGAAGCUCCUAGUGAUGCCUCCCUCAGAGUCCUUCCUCAUAUCCUUCACAGCAGGUUGUGCUGUUCCCUGCCUUGGGAACCAGUGGGGAAUUUGGGGUCUUGUUUAAGUGGCCAAAUAAGUCUGGUGGGUUCUUUCCUCUCCUUCAACACUCGUGCCUCAAUCCCUUAGCACUGAUUGGAGAAGUCCCCCAAAUAAACCACUGGUUUGGACCCAUAAGCAUUAGAACUGCCUUGUUCAUUCAGGAGCCACUAGCCACACAUGACUAUUUAAAUUUUAAUUAGAUUAUAUGAAAAAUUCAUUUCCUCAAUUGGAUUAGCCACAUUUCGAGUAUUCAUGCAGCUGGUAGAUUCUGUAUUAGCACAAAGAUAAUGAACAUUUCCGUCACCAAAGAAAGUUCUUUUGGACGGCACUACAUGAGAAUAUUUUCAUAUUGCUCUUCCUCAGAUCAAUUAAUUUUUGUUGUUAAUGUUGAUGUCCUAAUUUGACAGAUCAUAAUGUUUCAUUAAACCUCUCAAAUACACAAUUGUACGUUCUUUGUAUUCCUUACCACAGAUAUCUUGCUCUGCUAAUUUCUUUUGCAGAUUCCUAUAAAGUUUGUCUCCCUCAUCAAUUUCCAGUGAAGUUUCUUGCUUCCAGUUUGGUGUUAUGAUGUUUGUACAUGUACCACAAUUAUCCUCCUUAUUAACUUUUUAAAGAUGAGGUGUACUUCUGCUGUACUUUAUUCUAACUAUUUAAAAACAAAAAACUCCCAAACAUUGCUUUGUGUGACUCUUCAUAAAGAGUUUUAAUGAUGCCAAUCACUGCUAACAGAAGCUUUCCACCUGUUCUGCCUGCCUCUUCACAAUUCUUAGUUGUCCAGCCUCACUUUGCCUGGUCCCUGGCCAUCUUUGGGACAAGCAGUCUCCUGCUUUGAACAGGGUGAGCUUCCAAGAGUUCCUUUGGAAGCAAGUUGCAAUUCAGAAAUCACUUUCCCAUUGACAUAUAGGGGUACUGCACCUCUAGCUCACAUUUGCUUAAUAUUUGACACAAGAUAUAUCUGACAUUAUCUACUACAUUUAAUGAAAUUUUUACAGAGGAGGUCACUCAGAUUUGAAUUAGGAAUGCCUGUUUAUUUCCUCCCUCUACAGCCCUCGCUGUGGGCAGAAGCAAAGUCUUCACUCUACUUCCCGACAGGGAAAGUAGGGAGUCACCCACCUGGACCCAGUUUCCUUGGGUGGCUGCAGUUUUUGUCCUGAAGUCCCAGAGGUUAGAGAAUGAAGAGUUCUGAGGAAUGAGGUGCAGGGGCCUGUACCAUCUGUACUCUUCAAUCCCAACUGGCUCACUCUCUUUCCCAACUGCUCUCUGCCCCAGUGAUUGGCCAGGCUUUCUUCCUUCGCACUGAGUCUGCCUGCUAAUCAACCCAGGGUUUCCCUCUUCUAAACCCACUGGGGAACUCAGAGCAGUCCACAGGAUUCUCCACAUGCACGUUUGCUCUGAAACAUUUUUAUUUUGAUUGUUGACAAUAAUGCUAGAUAUGCAUGAAAAAGAGCCUUCGUUAUUUCCUCCACCUACCACUUUCAAUAGCCCCUAAGGAAAACCAAGGUGAAGAGUUAGCCUUCAAGGAUGAGGGCAAGGUCUAACUGGCCGCUUCCCCAUUUUUGUAAUAGUUCAAAGUCUUGACAUAUCAGUGCUUGAAAGUUUUGGGGAGCAUAAAUUGAGCUUCGUGUUAACAGCUCAUUCAUUUGCUUUAAAAUAGCAACAUAUCUUACCUUUGCAAGCCCAAAACUAACCACUUAUAAUAAGUCUGGUCAUCUAAACAUUUGUGUGUGUGUGUUUUAACCAUAACAUGACUCUGUCACAUAUUCUCUAGGAGACGUUUUGGCCCUUCUAAUUUAAUUGUGUAGCUUAUUACACUUUAAGCAUUUAUAAAUGUGCAACAAUUCAUGGAGUGGCAGAAAACAACAGAGAGAAACCAAGUUGUCAAGGACAAUAGCUGGAGUUUAGUCUUCUGGAAGUAUUUUUCUGCCAAAACUGAUCAAAGGAAGAGCCAACAGUACCAGAUAAGAGAUUCUAGCAUUAGGCUUCUCCAAGACAAGCGAGGUUAGAAGGGAGUUGAGAACUUAUGUCAUCUUCCACUGCAGCAGAUAUCCUUUUUUUAGUACAUGGGGAGCCCCUGAAUCACAGCAUUUCUAAAUCAGUCCUGGAUUCCCCAAGUGAAGCAGCAGAGGAACUAGGAGGUCAGUGGUGCUCCUCAAAUCUGUGGCAACCAAGCGGGAGUUUUCAAAAGGCUAUCAAAGGAGGUGGAUUACAAUAAGGAAAGGCUGAAGACCUGCCUCAGAAGGAGUGAGCAGUGAAAAGCAGGACUGACUUCACAAAAUGCAUGAUCCAGUACAAAAUGAAGAUGGGCGGCUUUUGUGCAAACAUCAGGAAAACAUUAUCUCUACAGGUACUAAAAUGUCAUGUUUUUCCUUUCUUCCAUAGACUCUUUCUCCACUUGUUAUGAUGGUGUUUUUUAUUUACUGCUUAAUGCUGUUCUAACUAAAAAAUGUUAAAUUCC